AUGUACGCCAUAUUAAAAAACUUAAUGUUGCCUGGUGAAAUUAAAACUCAAAAAUUUGAGACAGUCAUCUCAAAAUUAAAAGAGUACUAUUGUCCAAAACAGCUAGUAAUUUCAGAACGAUACAAGUUUAACUCGAGGAAGCAGAAAGAAGGUGAAUCAGUCAACGAUUUUAUCAUCGAAUUGCGUCGUCUUGCCUCGAGCUGUAAGUUUGAUGCAUUUUUGGAUCAAGCUUUAAGAGAUCGGUUGGUUGCCGGUUUAAGUGAUGAUAUAAUGGUACGUAAACUAUUAGCCGAACCUAGUGCACUAUUGUUUGAUUCUGCGUGCAAAACUGUAAUGGAUAUGGAUACUGUAAGAAAAAAUACAGCCGUCAUGCAUGAGCGUGUUAAGGCAGAGACCUUGUCUAUUCGUCAAAAAUUCAAAAAUCAGUCCUCCAAAUUACAAUCUCACAAACACGAAGAUGUAUCGUCAAAAGCCAUUCAAAAAAAAGAAGUAUGUUGGUGA